GGUGGGAGUGGGGUGUGGGCUGCGGCGGGUUCUGCAGUGCAGUGUGCGCGAUGAGGGAGACGGGCGGUACUUCUAUGCUGCAGAACCAGCCACAAAGGCACUAUGGAAUUACCUCUCCAAUUAGCUUGGCUCCUCCAAAGGAUAUAGAUUAUAUUCAUACUCAGAAGCUAGUUGAAGCAAUGGAGUCAUUUGGAGUAUUUGAAGAUGAAGAGGAGUUGAAUCACAGGCUGGUUGUUCUUUGUAAACUGAAUAACUUGGUCAAAGAAUGGAUUUUUGAACUUGGUGAGAGCAAGAACCUUCCCCCUUCAGUAGUAGAAAAUGUUGGUGGCAGAAUAUUUACAUUUGGUUCUUACAGGCUUGGAGUACACACCAAAGGUGCUGACAUAGAUGCUCUUUGUGUUGCUCCUAGACAUGUGGAAAGAUCAGAUUUCUUUCAAUCAUUCAUUGAAAAAUUAAAGCAUCAGGAAGAGAUAAAAAAUCUAAGAGCAGUAGAAGAUGCGUAUGUUCCUGUUGUCAAGUUUGAGUUUGAUGGCAUUGAGAUUGAUCUCGUGUUUGCAAGACUGCCUGUGCAAACUGUUUCUGAUAAUCUUGAUCUAAGAGAUGACUCGCGUCUGAGAAGCCUGGAUAUAAGAUGUAUACGGAGCUUAAAUGGAUGCAGAGUUACUGAUGAAAUAUUGCAUUUAGUACCAAAUAAAGAGAACUUCCAGCUCACACUCCGUGCAAUUAAACUAUGGGCAAAACGACGUGGUAUUUAUUCCAACAUGCUGGGAUUUCUUGGUGGGGUUUCUUGGGCAAUGCUAGUAGCAAGAACAUGUCAACUCCAUCCAAAUGCAUUGGCUUCUACUCUUGUUCACAAGUUCUUCUUGAUUUUUUCAAAAUGGGAAUGGCCAAAUCCUGUACUGCUGAAACAACCUGAAGAGAAUAAUCUUAACUUACCAGUAUGGGAUCCUAGGGUCAACCCAUCAGACAGAUACCAUGUAAUGCCGAUCAUCACCCCAGCCUAUCCACAGCAGAACUCUACAUACAAUGUAUCCACAUCAACACGAGCUGUAGUGGUAGAGGAGCUCAAACAUGGUCUCGCAGUUACAAAUGAGAUUCUCCAAGGAAGGUCAGAUUGGCCAAAGCUCUUUGAACAACCAAAUUUCUUUCAGAAGUACAAACAUUAUAUUGUACUGACUGCUAGCACCUAUACUGAAGAGCAUCACUUAGAAUGGGUUGGCCUUGUUGAAUCUAAAAUUCGUGUGCUGGUUGGAAACUUGGAAAGGAAUGAAUUUAUAAAUAUUGCACAUGUAAAUCCGCAGUCUUUCCCUGGCAACCAAGAACACUGUAAACAGAGUCGCUAUGUGUCAAUGUGGUUUCUGGGAAUCAUAUUUAGGAAACUGGAAAGUGCAGAAAGUACUAAGAUUGAUUUAACAUAUGAUAUACAGUCAUUCACAGAUGCAGUUUACAGGCAAGCGAACAACAUUAACAUGCUAAAGGAAGGUAUGAAGAUUGAGACAGCUUAUGUGAAGAGAAAGCAUCUCCAUUAUUUUUUGCCUGCAGGAACUUUACAAAAAAGAAAGAAGCAAAGCAUGCUAAAUAUUAGUCAAAAUGCUAGUGGGCUUCGGUGCAAAAGGGCCUCUUCAAAUGAAAGCUUGAACAGUUCCAGAGACAACCACUCCAGAACACCAUAUAAUUCCUCUUCAUUAAGUAUGAUAUCUAAAUUGGACACUUCUACAGCAGAGAUGGAAAGAAAUGCCACAAUUUGGAGAACGAAUGGUGCUAACAAUAGAGAGAAGAUGACUCAUGUACCUGUGUCACCGGUGUCCAAGGGAAUCUCCAUUCCAGUUAUUGGUUCAAAAAUGGAGGCUGCAGUUGCCAUAAGAACAUCAGGAGCUCCAUCUGACUGCACCAUUCCUACAGUAAUAGGACGUAAUGCAAUUUCUCAACUUACAACGUGUUUUGUCCAAGGACAUCAUGAACUAAGUGGGACUCAAAUUACAAAUUCAAAGAGUGCUGCACCUAAACGGCCUCAUUCGCCUGCCUCAAAAGAAUGCUCCAAGAGAUCAAAAGACAGAGAAAAGGUUGGCUUUGGAGGAAGAAACAGGCUGAUUUCAAGUAUUGACACAUCAAGGUCACAGAGGCUUUGCAGUGAAGAACUACCAGACUCUUCAUCUCCUGUUCCAACAAAUGGUAUUCGUAUUAUUAAAAGAUCCAUCAGACUUACCCUUAACCAGUAACUAGUAUCUUCAGGUAAAGAUGAUAUUCCUUUGUUUCUUGGUUCGUAUUAUCAUUAUUUUGUAGCUCCCAACAAUUAAUGGAGGGUUACUGUUGUCAUACCGCAAUGUUAACUGGUUAAACACUUGUGUUUUUUGACCUGUAGGUAUGUAAGAUACUCCUAUCGCCAUGUAGCUCUUACAAGAUCAUUUACUGCUGAGUCACUGGCUACGGGAAUCAUACUGCUAUUUUUAAGUAGUACUUGCUUAGACACUUGCUUCCUUUGGAACUGCUUCAUGUGUACCCUUCCAGUAGCUCUACUUAAGUCUUUUUAAAAGUCUUAAUCACUAGCUGAAACAGCUUUUUGAAAAAAGCACAAACAGCUUGUCUUGUGACUUGGAUUCAGAAUGUAUGUAAAUAGGGUUAACCAGUCACUGCAACCACAUUCUGGCUUCAAGUAUGUAGGAAUGUGCUUAUAUUCAUGUGUGCUUUCCUAGUUGAUGUGGAUGUAUUGUUCUUAAAGUAUUUUCCAGUUUGGCACAUACACCCCUGUGCAUCUGUCACAAUGAUGUUCAAUUUUGUACAGGCAGUAGUUUUCAACUGUCAAGCACAGCUGUGUACUACACACCUAUUGUCUCUCAUAGAGGCCCAUAAAUAAUCUUCACUAUUGAAGAAAAUGCAAUAGGACUCUAAAUAUUUACCUGAAAACUUGUAGUAGUCUUAAAUCUGGCUCUAUAAACAUUUAGAACACUUCUUAACCUGUUAAGUGCAUUAGAGUUUUUUUGGGGGGGUGGAAAGAAAUUAUAACUAUUGAUUAAAAAAGAACAACAAUCUUAUGCUAUGUUUCUACUGUAAUUUCUUUAUAAUCUGGUGUUUUUUGUAAGUGAAGUUGAAUGUCUUUUCCAGA